UCAUGUGGCGUACGGCGGACAUUGAAUACCCUAACACCGGGAUCCUGUUGUUAUAAAAUCUGCAAUUAUGAUGAUGGAGAAGGAAAAAAAACUGUUUCUUUUCCGAAACCUGUAAUGACAAGAUAAUACUUCGGAUAGUGAAAUAAUUCGGACGAAUACGAGUUAAAUUGUGACGUAUUUGGGAACAUUUUUCGUUCUGUUUUGAGACGCUUUCCUGCCUUGAUAGAUGAUCAAUGAAGUCGGUCAUUUGGGGAUUCAAAACGAAACUCUUUUCUUACCUUAGUUUGACAUUUUACAAACACCACCCCCCCUUUCUAUUCCUACAUCAAUAGGCCUAAGAAGACACAUUGUAGCCUAGUACAAUACCCCGUCUAAACGGAAACAGUCCCACAGAUACAGCGUCUCAACUUGGACCACUAAAUAUGAUUGGACUGAAGUACAACAUGUCUCUACCCAUGGCUGCAGGGGCGCUGUUAGUGGGCAUCCCCUACUCCAUCUCUCUCGUAGCCCAGUGGAUGUAUGGCUGGCCUAACAAGCCAGGCUAUAAAAAGUACAUUGAGGCUCUGAAGCCAAGGAGGAUAUACUGUCUGACUAGAGCUGUGCUGGAGAUGCUGAAAUACUUCCAGUACGGAAAACUCUACUUCCAGUGGAAGUCCUGGUACAAGAAUGUAGAAAACCACAAGCAUUAUGAAAAGGGAAUCACGUUUGGGCGUCGUAGUAACAAGCUGGAUUUGUAUUAUUCCCCCACGGUGGGCCAGCCAGGCAGUGGACCGGUGCCCGUGGUAGUGUUUAUAUACGGGGGAGGCUGGGGUUCUGGGGAGAGGUCCAUAUACUGUCUACUGGCCAUGCAGAUGGCUAAGGAGCUCAGCGCAACGGUGAUCUGCCCCGACUAUUGCACCUACCCGAAGGGUAAUGUUUUGUGUAUGGUUCAAGAUAUUGCGGACUGUCUCAUUUGGGCGAGGGACAGCGGCCAUAAAUUCAACUUCGACAAAGAUAACAUGGUGUUAGUCGGACACUCCGCUGGGGCUCACCUAGCAGCGCUGACCGUGCUGUUCAUGGUCGAGGGACGAGACGAGCUCUUUAUAGAAGCCAAGAAGCAGACAGAGAUCACCAUGGCAAUCAGAGGAGUUACAGGUUUGAGUGGAGUGUACAACAUCAUGGACCACUAUGAACAUGAACAGAUGAGAGCUGUGGAGUAUGUCUCUACGAUGCACAAGGCCAUGAACGGACUAGAGAACUUUCCUUAUUACUCACCAACACACCUACUGAAGAAAUUCAGCGAGGCGCAACUGAAAAGAGUUCCACCUUUCUGCUUACUCCACGGGACCAACGACAUCAUAGUUCCGGUGGAAUCUUCCCAGAGGUUCUCUGAGCUGCUCACGGCCCUGUCAAUCAAGGUGUCCCUGUACCUCAUGCCUAAAAUGGACCACACAGAGAUAGUCACCGAUCUCAUGGCGACAGACAGGCACUUUUACAAAACAGUGUACAGCUGCAUCAAACAGGAGUACAGCAAGUUCAUAGGCCAGGUCUGUGACUGCUGAACGAAACAACUAACACAAUACAUUAUUCAUUCAUGAUGUGCCGUAAUUCUUCUUGUUUACAUCUUCUUCUUUUUUUCAGUUAAUUAUUAUGAUGAUACCUCGAAUUUACCAGAUUUAGACUUUUCGACAAAAAUAAAAAAUAGUUUUAGCUCUCUGUUUUAAAUCUCAAUGAUGCUUUCUGUGGUGUGUGUAUCAUAAUGGUUCCAUGAUUGUAUACAAGACUGAAUUAUAUUUUAAUACAAUAAUUCCUGAUCUUUACACAUCAGAUUAUUUUUCAGAGCUGAUAUGAUUGGUCAAAAGAUUAGCCGGUAGAAAGAUCCGAAUUGGUCUCUCAAUUCAAUUCAAUGGGCUUUAUUGGCAUGGGAAACAUGUGUUAACAUUGCCAAACCAAGUGAGGUAGAUAAUAUAUAAAGUGAAUCUCUCUCUGUCUGAACAAAGCCCAUGUGUGUCAGACCUCACAUGCCAAAUAAUCGUGCCAGAUUUUUCACCUUUGGGGCUAUCCCAUUGGUUCCAUUGUACCAGGCCAACUAAAUCAACUAAAUUAACUAAAUCAAGUAUUGGAUAUGUAUUUGACCAAGUCUGGUGCGUAUAGAACACUGUAUGAGAUAUCCCAAGGUCCAAUAUAUUCACUGUGCUUCUGCCUCUGCAUUGUUUGUUCAUUGAGGGUUAUAGGCUGGGUAUAUGUAAAGCUAUUGAGGGUUAUAGGCUGGGUAUCUGUAAAGCUAUUGAGGGUUAUAGGCUGGGUAUCUGUAAAGCUAUUGAGGGUUAUAGGCUGGGUAUCUGUAAAGCUAUUGAGGGUUAUAGGCUGGGUAUCUGUAAAGCUAUUGAGGUUUAUAGGCUGGGUAUCUGUAAAGCUAUUGAGGGUUAUAGGCUCGGUAUCUGUAAAGCUAUUGAGGUUUAUAGGCUGGGUAUCUGUAAAGCUAUUGAGGGUUAUAGGCUGGGUAUCUGUAAAGCUAUUGAGGGUUAUAGGCUGGGUAUCUGUGAAGCUAUUGAGGGUUAUAGGCUGGGUAUCUGUAAAGCUAUUGAGGGUUAUAGGCUGGGUAUCUGUAAAGCUACUGAGGGUUAUAGGCUGGGUAUCUGUAAAGCUAUUGAGGGUUAUAGGCUGGGUAUCUGUAAAGCUAUUGAGGGUUAUAGGCUGGGUAUCUGUAAAGCUAUUGAGGGUUAUAGGCUAGGGUAUCUGUAAAGCUAUUGAGGGUUAUAGGCUAGGGUAUCUGUAAAGCUAUUGAGGGUUAUAGGCUGGGUAUCUGUAAAGCACUUUGUGACGACUGCUGAUGUAAAAAAAAAAAAAGAAAGAAAGAAAGAAGGGCUUUAUAAAAACACAUUUGAUUGAUUUAUUCAUCCAGCAAUAACCUUUUAUAUAGUGUUAGUGUUAACUCCCACUCCGACAGAGUAAUAUGGGCUAGUAUUCAGCAAAGCAUUGGCAACAUUCCCGUGUGGAUUAAGACGCCACAUCCUAAAUUGCACCCUAUUCCCUACAUCGUGCACUAAUUUUGACCAGAGCCCUAUGGCACCAUAUUCCCUACAUAGGGCUCUAAUCAAAAGUAGUGCACUUUGGCACCCUAUUCCCUAUAUAGUGCACUACUUUUGACCAGAACCCUAUGGACAGUGCACUAUAUAGGGGAAGGGGUACCAUUUGGGACAGAACCAAAACAGUUGAGCAGAUCUAUUGUAUAUGUUCUACUGAUAAUCGGUUGCAUUAAUAUGGUCAACCAGGAGAACAUUACAUUUUCUGUUAUAUGGUCAACCAGGGCCCAUUAGAUUUUCUGUUAUAUGGUCAACCAGGGCCCAUUAGAUUUUCUGUUUAUUAAAUGUUUGAACAACUACAUACUACAUCUGAUGAAAUGUAUUCAUUACAUUACUCUAUUUUGGAUUUGGAAUAUCUGCUCUUAAAAGUUAUGUAUUGGUUUAUUUAAUAAAAGUCUUAAAUUGUG